AUGUGUGACAGAGGCCGCCCUGGCCUCCCUCUCGCCUCCUCGGUCCUGAUGCUGCUCAUGAGCUCUCUGUGGCUGGUGGGGGCCGGCCCCAGCCUGGCCCUGGCCCCGGAGCUGCUGCUGGACCCCUGGCAGGCACACCGGCUGCUGACCCACGCCCUGGGCCACACGGCCCUGUCCAGCCUGCUCCUGAGUUUGCUGCUGCUGCCCGUGCUGGGCUGGCGGCAGGAGUGCCGCCUGGGCACGCUGAGGUUCCUGCAUGCCUCCGCCCUCCUGGCCCUGGCUGCCGGGCUCAUGGCCGCGCUGCUGGCAGGCCUCGGGGUGUCCGCUGCAGCUGGCGGCUGCGGGUACAUGCCCGUCCACCUGGCCAUGCUGUCGGGGCAGGGGUCCCGCCCCAGAGGGCUCCAUGGGGCAGUGCCCCCGUGGCUGUUGCCGUGGUUGCUGCUUGCCCUGACGCCACUCCUCACCUCCGAGCCCCCUUUCCUGCAGCUCCUCUGCGGCCUCCUGGCCGGCCUGGCCUACGCAGCCGGGGCGUUCCAGUGGCUGGAGCCCUCGGAGCGGAGGCUGCAGGCGCUGCAGAGGGGCCUCCUGUGCAGAACCCUGGGCAGCUGGCCACUCCGGCUCCUUCCUGCCCCGGGCAGCGUGGCCGAGCUGCCCGUCACCCUCCCUGGAGUGAGGCUUUCUACCCCCGGGCCUCCUUACCCAGCCUCGCCUGGUCUCCGGUCUCCCAGCCAAGGCUCAGCCCCACGCUCGCCGGGCCUGGGGCCUGUGCAGCCGAGCUGGGAGGGCUCCUCAGAGGCUGGCCUGGCCUGGCCCGGGCCCAGCUUCCCUCCCGGCUCCCCGCUGUGGGCAGCCCUGGAGGAGCAGAUGCUGCAGGAGGGGAUCCAGGCCUCGCUCCUUGAGGGGCCGACCCCGGUUCCCCAGAGCCCGCUCUGGCUGCCCAAGUCCUCUGUGUCCUCUCUCCGGCUGCAGCAGCUGGAACGCAUGGGCUUCCCCGUGGAGCAGGCCGUGGUGGCGCUCGCAGCCACAGGGCGCGUGGAGGGCGCCGUGUCACUGCUGGUCAACGGGGAGGUGGGCCCCGAGGCCCUGGUGACUCAGGGGAGCCGUGGGCUCGCCCAUCCCGAAGGUCCUGGGCCCCCCUAG